AUGGCUGAUCAAGCAAUUGAUGUUAAUGCGCUUAAUGUAGAGGAGUUAAGACAAAGAUUAGGCGAGUUAGGACUUCCUAUUGCAGGAACCAAGCCAGUGUUGAAAGAGCGGCUUCGUAUGGUGCUCAAUCAGUCGAAUAACAAUUCGCAAGGAGAUUCGCGGCGAGAAAACCGUGUGGAUGAUAAAGAGUAUCCAGAUGAUAACGAAGAUGAAGAGGAUGACGAUAGAGAUGCAAGAAAUAGUGAUGAUACCGAGGAAGAUGCUGCUCCUGCACGACGAAGACGAACUACUCGUUGCAGAGAUGAUUACAAACACCCACUGCUUACAUUCAGAGAUGUUGAAGAAUCUAUGGAAAAGUUUAGUGGUGAUGAUCAUGUCAACGUAAAAAGGUGGUUAGAUGAUUUUGAAGAAAUAGCUGAAACGUGUAAGUGGGCGGAUAUUCAGAAAGUAACGUACGCUAAACGUUUACUGGAAGGAUCUGCAAAAUUAUUUGUCCGUUAUGAAAAAUGUAGCAAGACAUGGAUGAAACUAAAGAAAGCAUUAAAAGAAGAGUUCGAAGAAUCGGUCGAUGGCUAUCAAGUUCAUCGCGAGUUAGCUCAAAGAAAAAAGAAACCAGAUGAGAGCUACCAGGCGUAUAUAUACAAAAUGCUAGAUAUUGCUAAUCAAGCGGAUGUUGAUAUUCGUUCAGUGAUUCAAUAUAUUAUUGACGGAAUCUCUGGUGAAUCAAGUAAUAAAUCAAUACUCUAUGGUGCAAAGAAUAUACGUCAACUAAAAGAAAAAAUGUCACAAUAUGAAUCCAUGAAACGUAGCGAAGCUAAAUUUAAAAAUUAUAAAAGUCAAGGACAUAAGGACGAUAAGAAGAAAAAAGCUUUUGAUAGUGACAGAAAAGUGAAACGUUGUUUUAUUUGUGGUGCGAAAGACCAUUUAAAUGAUGCUUGUCCAUCAAAAGACAAAGGAGUUAAGUGUUUCAAAUGCCAUGAGCAUGGGCAUAUUGCUGCAAAGUGUCCCAAUGGAUCAUCGAAAGCUGGUCAAAAGGAGACCAACAUCUUUUCACAGCCAAGCAGAAAUAAGCAUUUGAAGGAAGUUUCAAUCAACGAGAUUCAACUUAUGGCGCUGAUAGAUACAGACAGCGACUUAACUCUAAUGCGUAGUGAUGAGUAUAUUAAAAUAGGUUCACCUAGAUUAAUUAAGAAUAAUGUUAAGUUUGAUGGUAUUGGGUCCUCUGGUAAUGAAACGAUUGACGAAUUUGUAACUGACGUAAUAAUAGACGGGGUUAGUUCUAAUAUCAAAUUUCAUGUCGUCUCAGGUACAAUUUUAAAGCACGCGGUUCUUAUAGGUAUUGAUUUUCUAAAUCAAAUAGAUCUGAACAUUAAUGCAGGUAGUGUAAAAAUUUCAAAACUAGUAAAUGGUUGCACCGAUGUACCCGAUAUCUUUCAAAUUAAUGCCAUUGAAAAAAUUGACGCGUUAGAUAUAGAUUUAUCACAAAUAAAAAAUGUUGAUGAUCGUAAAGAGGUCGAAAACAUCGUAAUGAAUUACAAGCCUGAUAAGACGCGAGAAGUAGUUGUAACUAUGAAGCUGAUUUUAAAAGAUGAUAUACCUGUUUAUUCGCGACCGCGACGAUUACCUCCGCAUGAGCGAGAGGAAGUUGACAAAAUAGUGAAGGAGUUGAUAGAAGAAGGGAUAGCUAAACCAUCUGAUUCUGAGUACGCUAGUCCGAUAGUUCUUGUUAAAAAGAAAAAUGGUUCAACUCGCGUAUGUGUGGAUUUUAGGGCUUUGAAUAAAAAGUUAUUAAAGAUAGAUAUCCACUACCGUUGGUUGAGGAUCAAUUGGAUUUACUCCAAGAUGCAAAGGUUUUUAGUACAAUAG